GAAAAAUAGGGACACCACAUCAUUGCCAUCCGCAUUUCGUCCUCAUGUUCUUGUUAUCUUGUAGCUCCACAUCCACCAUCCCACUCUCCCUAUUCUUCUUCUCUUCAAGUGCCACUCCCAUCCACCACAAGGCUUGGCUUGGUGGGAAGAAGACAAACGCCGGCACGCGCACGCAGACACGAUGGCGAUCUGCAGCGCGCACACUACCACCUCCCUGCGCUCCCCAUGCACGACCGUCUCGAACGCAGGUCUGAGGCAGAAGCAAGUCAUCUUCGUCACCAGCAACAGGAGGAGCGGCGGCGGCAGGAGGCACGGAGGGGCAAGGAGCUUCCAGGUCUCGUGCUCCGUCGACAAGCCGGUGGUGAUUGGCCUGGCGGCAGACUCAGGGUGCGGCAAGAGCACCUUCAUGCGCCGGCUCACCAGCGUCUUCGGUGGCGCCGCGGAGCCGCCCAAGGGCGGGAACCCGGACUCCAACACGCUCAUCAGUGACACCACGACAGUGAUAUGCCUCGACGACUACCAUUCCCUGGACAGGAACGGCAGGAAGGAGAAAGGUGUGACCGCCCUCGACCCUAGGGCCAACAACUUUGAUCUCAUGUAUGAGCAGGUGAAGGCGAUCAAGGAAGGCCAGGCAGUCGAGAAGCCCAUCUACAACCAUGUCACUGGCCUCCUCGACCCUCCGGAGCUUAUCGCGCCACCAAAGAUUUUCGUCAUUGAAGGUCUGCACCCAAUGUUCGAUGAGCGAGUGAGGGACCUCUUAGAUUUCAGUAUCUACUUGGACAUCAGUGAUGAAGUUAAGUUUGCAUGGAAAAUCCAGCGGGACAUGGCAGAGCGUGGGCACAGCCUUGAAAGCAUCAAGGCCAGUAUCGAGGCCAGGAAACCAGAUUUUGAUGCCUUUAUUGAUCCGCAGAAGCAGUAUGCUGAUGCUGUGAUUGAAGUUCUGCCGACCCAGUUGAUUCCCGACGACAACGAAGGAAAGGUGCUGCGUGUUAAGCUCAUCAUGAAAGAAGGGGUGAAGAACUUCAACCCGGUUUAUCUCUUUGACGAAGGAUCGACCAUCAGCUGGGUGCCUUGUGGAAGAAAGCUCACAUGCUCUUACCCUGGCAUCAAAUUUUCCUAUGGCCCGGACACUUACUUCGGAAACGAGGUAUCUGUUCUGGAGAUGGAUGGGCAAUUCGACAGACUAGAUGAGCUCAUCUACGUGGAGAGCCAUCUAAGCAACCUUUCAACCAAGUUCUACGGAGAGGUGACACAACAAAUGCUAAAGCAUGCAGACUUCCCAGGUAGCAACAACGGGACAGGUCUCUUCCAGACCAUCAUUGGACUGAAGAUUAGAGACCUCUAUGAACAGAUUGUUGCUGAGAGGGCUGGUGUACCAGCGGAAGCAGCAAAAGUUUAACGAUCUAUGCAUUCAGAUGUCCUAAAACUACAGCUCUCCGAACUCAAUGGGAGUAACAACCUUCGCAUCUGUUGGGAUAUAUGGCGAGCUAGGAGGUAUAGAAAUGUCAUUGCAGAACUCAGGAAAACGUGCAAUGGAAUUUCUUGAAAUCCCUCUUGAAGAGAGUGAGAACUCGAUAGAUCAAGAAUCACCACACGUUGUAUUAAUCGUAUGGUAUAAUAUUUAUACAUGUACAGGAUGAGC